ACUUUUCCGACCAGUUUAGAAAACGAGCGUCAUUUACACGAUGAAUAUUACGGGAAUGAUUUUUGUGGUUUUCCUCGUCAUAAAUUUAUGCUACGGCCACCCAUACGAAGAAAAAUAUUCAGCGAAAUAUGAUAACGUAGACAUCGACGCGAUCUUAGCUAACGAGAGGCUCUUGCGAAACUACAUCGACUGCCUGCUAGACUUAGGGGCGUGUACUGCCGAGGAGGAUCAACUUAAACAUUGGUUGCCGGAUAGCAUAGAGACCCACUGCAGUAGAUGCACGGAACGACAGCAGCGUAACGCUCAGAAGAUCAUCGAUUAUCUGAUCCACGAUCAACCAGCAUGGUGGGGAGAAUUAUCCGCUAAAUAUGACCCAGAAGGAUACUACCUUUUACAAUUCAAGGAAACCGUGGGAGUUAAAUAACCUACAUUCGUCUCAUAUCCACGUUAAUAAUAAUAGAAUUAGAACCUACCUGAGGCUUCAAGCUGCAGGCUCUUGCUGCAAAUUUCCUUUAAGCAUGUUACAUAAUGUUGCCGAACGAGCUAAAUUAAAAUGAAAAUAAAGUUUUAUGUUCCUGUACUUAAUAUAAAAUAAAAUAAAGCGAUUCGGGUGAUGAA